CUGAAGUCCCUCAUUCCCCCGGCCGCAGGAAGUGACUCGCGGCCGCUGCGGGGACUCCGGCUCCCAGGCUCCCGGCGAGAUCCCCGAGCCCCGGCGGCUGGUGCUGGGAGCCCGGAGCCCGGGCUGCAGCCGGGAGAGGGGAACCUCCAGCCGGGCCCUGCCCGCUGCUCCCCGGGAGCCUCUCCCAGGGCAGAGCCCCCAGCCCGGCCAGGGCCCCUUCCCGGCCCGGCCCCUGCCCCGGGGGGCCCCGAUCGGAGGGAAGAGAUGCUGUUACUAGGAGGGUCUGAAGAGUCUGGGGGGAAUCGGGGUGUGACAUGGACAGAACCCCCUUUUGUAACCUCCCUCUCGCCCCGACAGUCUGAGGAAUGAGGUUCACGUUUCACUAAAGAUCGGCCAGUCUUCCAGGGGACAGAGAAGGGAAAUGGCUGUGUUGGAGCCAGCUCAGAUGCCGGUGACCUUCGAGGAGGUGGCUAUUUAUUUCACCCAGGGGCAGGGGGCUCUGCUGGACCCCGCUCAGAGAGCCCUCUACAGGGACGUCAUGCAGGAGAACUACGAGACGGUGACCUCGCUGGGAUUUCCCAUUCCCAAACCUGAGCUUAUCGCCCGGCUGGAACGAGGGGAAGAGCUGUGGGUGUCCGAUCUCCAGGAUUUCAAGGACAGAAGGCUUCGGAGAUGCACCAGCACAGGUGCUGAGCGAGGGAGUGAGAAGAAGGAGGGGAAUCAUCAUGAGGAAGUUCCUGGAGAAGUGGAACCACAGGGCACCUUUUUGGGAAGAGCUGAAGGGAAUUUUUCCCAUUGCUGGAAUCAGGGAGAAGCCUGGGGAAAUUGGCACAGGUCAGAGAGGCUUCUGAUAAACCAACCCAGGAAGAAAGUGGAUGAAUCUCUUAACGGUGGGGGAGGAGACGAGAAUCCCAGAGAGCAGCAAACAAAUCCCAAGGAAGAGACACCCUGGCACUGCCUUGAGUGUGAGAAAGGAUUCAUUGUGAGAUCACAACUUGUUACACAUCAGACAGUCCAUACGGGAGAGAAACCAUUUCAAUGCUUGGACAGUGGGGAAAGCGUCAAUAAGCGCAAAGAUCUUAAUAAUCAUGGGAGAAGCCACACUGUAGACAAGCCCAUUCAAUGCAUUGAAUGCGGGAAAUGUUUCAGUUCAAAGUCAGCACUAAAUUCACAUGAGAAAAGCCACACAAGAGAGAGACCCCAUAAAUGUUUGGACUGUGGAAAAAGUUUCACAUGGAGGUCAGCGCUUGUUAAUCAUCAGGCAAUCCACACAGGAGAGAGACCCCAUAAGUGCUUCGACUGUGGAAAAAGUUUCAUAUGCAAGUCAUAUCUUGCUAAUCAUCAGGCAAUCCACACAGGAGAGAGACCCCACAAGUGCUUUGACUGUGGGAAAAGUUUCGUACGAAGGUCAAACCUUGUUCAACAUCAGGCAAUCCACACAGGAGAGAGACCCCACAAGUGUUUGGACUGUGGGAAAAAUUUCAUACAGCGGUCAACCCUUGUUAAACAUCAGGCAAUCCACACAGGAGAGAGACCCCACAAGUGUUUGGACUGUGGGAAAAGUUUCAAGCGGAAGUCAGACCUUGUUAAUCAUCAGGCAAUCCACACUGGAAAGAGACCGCAUAAGUGCUUGGAGUGUGGGAAAAGUUUCACAUGGAGAGCAGGCCUUUUUAAUCAUCAGAGAAUCCACACAGGAGAGAGACCCCAUAAGUGCUUGGACUGUGGGAAAAGUUUCAAGCGGAAGUCAGACCUUGUUAAUCAUCAGGCAAUCCACACAGGAGAGAGACCCCAUAAGUGCCUGGAGUGUGGGAAAAGUUUCACAUGGAGGUCAGACCUUGUUAUUCAUCAGGCAAUCCACACAGGAGAGAGACCCCAUAAAUGCUUGGAUUGUGGGAAAAGUUUCAUUCAGAGGUCACACCUUGUUAAACAUCAGGGAAUCCAUACAGGAGCAAGACCCCACAAGUGCUUGCACUGUGGAAAAAGUUUCAUAGAGAGGUCACACCUUCUUAAUCAUCAGGCAAUCCACACAGGAGAGAGACCCCACAAGUGCUUGGACUGUGGGAAAAGUUUCAUACAGAGGUCAAACCUUGUUAAACAUAAAACAAUUCACAAAGGAGAAAGAUCCCAUAAGUGCUUGGACUGUGGGAAAAGUUUCAAGCGGAAGUCAGACCUUGUUAGUCAUCAGGCAAUCCACACAGGAGAGAGACCCCACAAGUGCUUGGACUGUGGGAAAAGUUUCACAUGGAGGUCAGACCUUGUUAAUCAUCAGGCAAUCCACACAGGAAAGAGACCCCAUAAAUGCUUGGAUUGUGGGAAAAGUUUCAUACAGAGGUCACACCUUGUUCAACAUCAGGCAAUCCACACAGGAGAAAGACCCCACAAGUGCUUGGACUGUGGGAAAAGUUUCACUUGGAGAUCAGCCCUUGGUUAUCAUCAGAAAAUCCAUACAGGAGAGAGACCCCACAAGUGCUUGGACUGUGGGAAAAGUUUCAUACGGACGUCAGACCUCGUUAAACAUGGAAGAAUGCACACAAGAUGUAAACUUCUGUGAUGCAUGGCAAGAAAGGGUUAAGCAACUUGUAUGUAAUUGACUCAGAUUCAACUUUUAGAGAGAGAUUUUAAAAGUGUUUCCACCUUCAUGAAGCUAGAGUUUGAAAUGUAAACAUGUUAAAGACUUGGAAGAGGGGUAACUGUCUUGGUCUAUGUUUAGCUAUAUCUUUUUAGAGCUUAACAAUUUAUGCAAAGGGUUCCUGUAUUCUGCUAAUUCAGAGAUUAUACCCAUCACCCAUGUCACCUGCCCAAUUCCAGCUCACUCUCCUUGAAAUCACUGAGGUUAGGGGCUGAAGGAUGGAGGGAAUGUUUAUAGCUGAAAUCACCGAAAUGUGAUUUGCAAGGUUAAUAUCAGUGAGAUCUGUUCCUCUCUCCUGCUCGGACAUUUUCUCUGGGGGUCCCGCAGACAGAAAGGAGCAGGUGUUACCAUCUUGGGUUCCGAUCCCAACGGUGACUGUCUACACUAGUAAUUUUCAAACUGUGGGGCAGGUCCUCCCAAUGGAGGCACAGGAAUAUGUCAAGGGAGGCAUGACCUCUGGCUGGACUCUUGAAGAAGGAACUGGCGUAUCUGGGAGGUGGGGAUAAAUGCUCAGGCUCUGAAAACCCAGGUGGAGCAGCAGGGCAGAAAUCAGGGUGGCAAUGGGGUGAUAAGUCUGCUGUGAACAGCGAUAUUGAGGAAUAUCACUUUUCACUUGGUCACCCUUACUUCUGUGCUGCUGCUGGAGGCCUUCAGAGCUGGGCGCAUUGCCAGCAACGACUCUGCCUUUAGAGCUGGGUGGCCAUAUAUGUGCUUGUGAGGGCAGGGGCGUAAAUGACCACACAUACAAAGAAGGUGGGGCCAAUGAAACACUUUUGAGAACCACUGGUCUACACUGUUAUGGUCACCACGUUUACAGAAGGAUAAAUCUUCUCCAAAGUAUGUCUUGUGAAGUAUCCUAGGAAAAGUUAUCAUCUGCUGAAUAUUAUUGUCCUGUUAAAAUGUGUCUCUCAGCGCUGUCCAUGGAGCUCUGAGAGUUUGCUGUAUGUUUGUUACAUGCUGGAAAGCUGGAAAACGCCCACAGACUAGCUCUUUAGAGACAAUGGUACCUGCAGACCAGCUAGGUGCUAAGUGGCCAUUAAUUGCUUAGCUGGCCAUUCACCAGCUGUGGAGCUGUGAACAAGAGAGUUACAAUUCACCAGAAGGAGGGCUGGCCGCUCACUUUGGCCACAGACUGAUUGUUGCCUGCCCCCUGGCUGGAGCUUGAACCUCAAAGAGGAGAAUGGUAUAAAAGCAGAAGGGAGAAUUGCCUCCAUUUUCACCACUCCUCUCCCAUCUUUACAGAAGUCAAGGAUAUGCCUUGAAAGGCCACAGAGGCCUUGGACUGGGGAGGACGCACCAAGGCGGGAAGGAAAUCCGUCCUGGGUACGAAGAACUGUGAACUGCUUGCAAUAGCGGGCGGGUGCAAAAACCUGCUUUCUUUGCAUUUUCCUUAGAUUGGUAAAAUUUAGGAUUUAAAAUGCAUGUUUUAAUUUUAUAGAUUUAACUAGUUCUGACCUUUCACAUCUUUCUCCAUUGUGAUCCCUGAAAACCUCCUUGUUCCAGUUAAUAAACUGAUUUUAGUGUUU